AGAGCUUUAGCCGGGAGCUUGAUCAGGAAGUAGAAGCAGAAACACCAGCCAGACUGGCGCUAUAACUCGCGGAUAGAGAGAUAUUCGCGCGAUAGAGUAGAGGUGGCUCUUGCUCGUUGGCCUUUUGGAACGGCUCGCCGUAUCGGGCUUCCUUUUGUUCCAAGGAUCCUCGCGAUUAUCCCUUAGUCAACUAUAAUUGUCAUCAAGAGAGAGAGGGAGGAGAACCGUAUAUCCGAACGACCGAUUGAUCUCCGUCAUACGGGUUUCCCCGGUUAUGCCCUGGGUCGCCGCAUGUUUUGACCUGCUGGCGGCUCCGUUACUGGGUUAUUGUCUCGCGAUCAGAAAACUAGCCCUGCAAGCCGGCAUCCUGCAGGAGAGAAGAAACGAUCUUGUCGGGAAACAGACAUCUAACACGGGAACACCCUCGAACGCUGACGCAGCCACAAUGGUUCCUAACGCAGAAGAGCAUCAAGAUCCCGGCAAGGAAAAGGUCGCAGCAAGAAUGCCGGCAGUAGCGAAGUCAUCACGCAAAUUUGUAGGAGUUGUUAUAGCCAUUUGCGGUUUACCAGCUCGUGGGAAAAGCCAAAUCGGCCAGAGUCUUGCUCGCAGACUUAAUUGGAAUGGCGUAACCACAAAAGUGUUUCGCGUGAAUGAUUAUCGAAGAAAACGAGUCGAACCUCAUAUAUCACGUGAACUCCUCCGAUCAGAUAAUGCGGCAAACAAUGCGUUAAUGGCUCUCGCACAGAGAGAUGCCAUGCUAGAUUGCUCGGCGUGGCUCGCAUCCGGAAAUUCUGUAGCGCUCCUGGACGCUAUGCUGAUCACGCGAGCGCAGCGCACAGAGGUCCACGAUUACUUCUCCGGUCAACUCGGAUAUCGCGUUCUAUUCAUCGAAUGCGUUUGCGACGAUCCGGAAGUCCUGGAGCAUAAUCAACAGGAGAUCGUGAGACAUAGCGCCGACUAUGCAGGCGUAGAUGUCACCGUGGCUGCGGAAGAUCUGCGCUCGAAAAUCGCUUUUUACGUCCGAUCGUAUGAGCCGAUGGACGAUAGAAUCUACCCCAGGAUCAGAAUCGACACUGCUACCAUGGACAUUGAGACCUGCAAGGUGUCCGGUCACAUUGAAACCACCGUGCUUGGAUACCUCGGAGAUGUCAGUCUUAAACCUCACACUCUUUAUUUCUCGAGGCACGGUGAAAGCGAGUACAAUGUGCUCGGUAAAGUCGGCGGUGACGCGGUAUUAAGUCCCAGGGGCGAGCGUUACGCUCAAGCUUUAUCAACCAAAUUUAAUGCCAUGCGUAUUCCUGAUCUUCGGGUUCUCACCAGUCGCCUUCGCAGAACAAUCGCAACAGCGCGUGGUAUCGAAGCUCCUCAGGAACACGUAGCGGCUUUGAACGAGCUUCAUGCGGGAGUGUGCGAGAGCCUCUCCUACGAGGAAAUGCAGGAGCAUUACCCACAGGAGUUCGCCUGGCGCGAUCAAGACAAGCUGCGUUAUCGUUAUCCGUGGGGCGAGAGCUACAUCGACGCGAUGCAACGUGUCGAGCCGGUGAUGGCCGAGUUGCAGCGCUCCAAUAACGUCCUCGUGGUGUCUCAUCAAGCGGUACUGCGCUGCAUCAUCGGAUUCUUCCUCGAUAAGAAACCCGAAGAGCUGCCCUACAUGGAGGUGCCGUUACACACGAUAAUCCGCAUCGCCAGCCAGGGCUACAAUUACAAGCUCGAGUUCUUCAAGCUGCCGAUCGAAUGCGUUAACACGACUCGCGUCAAGCCCCAAAAUUGCAAAGAAGAUCGUACCGCUGCCGACGCACUGAUCACGGUCCCCGAUCAUUUUGAUAUACCGGAUCCUUGGAGAAACCCCGGCAACGGGCCUACUCUCGUGCAACAGCAUUAAAAAGAAAUCAACCUGCCGUUUGGAAAGCGGCAUAAAUCGAGUUUUGAACCACGAUGAAUCGAAGAAUUUUAGUAUGAGAUAAUGAUAUCAAUACAGUUUCGCAUAAAAAUAUGAUAUCAAAAUAUUUUACCAUCAGUGCAUGGAAAAAAGAUAUCAAAUAUAAGAUAACAUUGCUCAUUGUAUCAGUUGAUAUAAAUGGAGAAUUAAUGAGAUAUUGAAAGAUCGAUUUAUGCUAUGUUUUAAACAAAUGGCUUAUACAAUAAUUGGCUGUACACUCGCGGCACUAUUGAGAUUAUUUAUCUGUUUGUUUGUAAUUCUGGGUAUGAAUAUUUACACUAUUAUUAAGAAAAAAAUAGAUUACUAUCUCUAUUAAAAUUCUCGUAGUAAAUUAAAAUGAGGCAAUUAAAAUGAGCCGAUUUUAUUUUUUCUUACACGCGAGAUAGCUGGCAGAAGCGUAAGGCGUCGAUUCAAUCUUGACGGUAAUCAAUAUGCGGAUAGAAAUAGUUUGUUCCUCUGAUUUUAAGGUUUCUUUUACGUAAUAGAGAUUACGCACAAAUUUUCGAACAUGGAUAUCUUUGACACUGAUCGUCGGCGAAGUUUUGCGAAUGUCUCGGAUCGACUUCAACGAUAGGUCUACGAUAUGGUAUUGAUACUAUACCUUUUUAAUGAGCAACAAUUGGAAAGCCUGCUCGGGAAUGGCUCGGAGCCCUCUACGUAUCGCGAAAGAUGAUAGUUUGUCAGCAAUUUAUAGGGUUGCUCGGUUAUAUUAUACUCGAUGAUUAAAUUACCUGAAUGCUAAAUACAUAUACGUACAGAUUUGUAUAUAGAAUAGAUGGGAAAAUUUAAUGUCGAAAACAGUUUGUGAUAAUAAUAGCGCAUAGAAAUACAAAAGUCGCUAUGCAAAUGAAUCAUUUUUUUUUUAUAUUUCAGCAUUUUUUCUUAAGUUUUCUCUUAAAAUAUCUUGCAAAACUUUUAUUCCGUGCUGUGAUCAUUUUUUAUUAAAUAUAUGAUCUCUUUUGCCAUAUUUUAUUGUUCAAGUGUCAUCGAAUUUACAAUUGUCUUGACGAAAGAGGGAUGGAAAAUUACGGAAAUGUUUAGGUAUAUGCAAGAGUUAUUACAUGUAACACUUGAGAUUUUGAAACAUAAUGCACACAUUAAUUAUCCGGCCUUAACGAUGAUCAGAAUCAGCAGAAAAUUUAUCUCUGGAUACUUUAAGAUCUUAUAUUUUUAUAAAGGAUAGAUAUUAGGUAUAUUAUAGCUGCUUCCUUCAUAACGAUUAAUUCGUUUUAUAUUUUAAACAGCAAUGCAAUAUGUCCAUAAUUAUAAUCUCUAAAUAUGAAAUUAUAUUAAUUAUAUUAUUUAGAUAGGUAAGUUACAAAAAAAGUUCUUUGCAACGAAACAGAUAAUCGAAAAAGAAUGUUAUUAUUAAUAGAUACUGAAAUAGCUUAUUAUUGUUAUCAUAGAGAUAGGAGUUUUAUUGCUCCUAGUUUAUUAACGACUAAAACCUAAUAAAAAAGAGGGCUUAUUAUUUCGAUAAACUUUUUAUAAAACAAGUAUUACAGUUAUCGCAUGAAAUAAUUCAAAUGUGUAAUAAUUGGAAAACAUUAAUGAUUUUAUCUUUACUACUGAAUUGUUUUAUGUAAAGGAAUUUUUUCGUCGCACAUAUUUGUAGAUUAGAUUUGUUUAAGUCAAUAUAUCGUCUUAUAAACUUGUUAGAAUGUGUAUUUUUAGUAUAAACGCAAUAUAGUAUGCGCAGAGAAAAAUGGACAUUUAACGAUAUGUGCAUUUUGGUAUAAGCAAAUUAACCAUAGUUGUGUUAAAAUUGACGCAGUAGUAUUUUAAAGAUUAUGUAGAGCAUUUUGUGUGUAUUGUGUGUGCACGAGUUUAUUAUGAUUUCCAUUUAACUAACAAUAAGAUAUUGUUCUGGAUUAACCAGCUUUUGUGGAAUAUCGUAGAUAAGCCAAUCGAAUUGAUUCACAUCGAUAUUUUACUGUGUUUUACUCUUCGUUAUAUAGGAUAGUUUAUUGCAUAAACACGCAUAAUAUUUGAUUAGACAUGAACGCGAGGUUCUCCAAGAUUCAACGCGAUCCCAAGCUGUGAAAUCUGAAAGAGAAUGAUUCGCGCUUCCUAGAAUUAGUUUAAUAAUUUUUAUUCGUGCUUUAGGGAAAUUAUCUAUAUGUCUUCCUUUCGAAUAAAAAGUCGAUCUAGUCGAUCUUCCGAUGUUUCGACUGCUAAACAUUUUGUGACUCUGUAUAUUGGAAAAUCACGAAUGGUAAAUUAUAAUUUGUAACAUGUACAUUGUGUACGAUUAAGAGAUAUUAUUCAUAGGAAGUUUUAGGUUUUUUAUUUGUACACUCUGUGAAUAAAUCUUUUUUUUUUU